AUGUUGAAUGUUGCAAUUGAAAAGUUGACGCAGGUUUUGGAAGCAGAGAGGGACUCUCAAAAGACUUUUCAACCACUACCAUUUCAUUAUGUAGAAAUCUCAAGGCUUCUUUACUUCAGCCUGGAGCUUGAACAUCUAACAGCAAUGGAAGUAAAUAUAGUGCGACCAUUUGUUGUGAGGGCUCUACAGACGUUUUAUAAGCUCGAUAGUCCGGAGAUAAUACAAGAAUUAGACUUAAAGGGCUAA